AGAAUUUACUAAUUUAAUACAUAAAAAUCUCAUCUAAAGGUAAGAAUGGAUGCCCCACUUCUGAAUUUUGAUGAGAGUAGACUCUUUGAGUCAAUCAACUUGAAUGGGGGAAUUCAUCCGGAUGGAUACAUCCCUGAAUCCACAAUUCUUUCCAAUAGACCAUUACCACAGAUACAUCGAUCGGUACCAGGUUCAGUUUCCAACACAUCAGAUGAAGAAGAUGAGGAUCUAGAUCCCAUGGAGUUUUUGUCUACUGAACAUCAAAUUGCAGCUAAUCUUCUGCCAAAUAUUCCAAUCAAAAAUUCGACCCCAGAUACAAACUCUGGAACAGGGUCUACUCCCUCUGGUCUGGCAUCUACUGAGGUCAUGUUCGAAGGUGGUAGAAUACUGGACGUGCCUAAUGUGUCGGUUCAUAAUUUAUUUCUGAACCCAUCCGUCAUGUCAAGCUCCAAUGGUGUCCAUCGCUCAUUUUCAACUUCACCAAUUGAUUCACAACGUAAGGUAAAUAUGAUUGAAUCUGAAAUUCUCGGAACCUCACUUCUGGGACUGGUAGUACGACACUCAUUUGCAAAUAUUGGUAGCAAUAUUAAACAUGGUAAUAGUCAGGAAUCUCCAAUUGAAAUGGUUCUGAAUCGAGGGAAGUUUUUGGAUAAAGAAUUACUCAACAAUACACAUAUUCAACGACAAAUGCUUGAAAGCGGAGAUCAAAGGCUAGGGAAGGUAAGAAAUAUGAUAGCUCAAAUGUUUGAACAAGUGGCUGAUAAUCAUAAAAUGUUACAUGAAUUGUAUUGGAAUGACUUACGAAACGUUUCGACACUGUUUGAAAACUUUAAAGAAUGGGAUAUAAAGCGUGAGCGGGUACUCAAAAAAAUUGUUUCUAUUAAGAGUAGUAAACACAAAUAUGGUAGUAAGUUAAUGGAGCUAGCUGGUGAAGCUCACAAAGUUGACGAAGAGAUUGAUACACUAGAGCAAAGAAUUAAAACUUUGAAAGAGAAAAGAUCACUUCUAAAUGCUGAAAUUGAAAAUACAAGUUCAGUGCUUGAAAGUAGAACUUCAGCUUAUGUUCAAACUUUUAAAAAUUUGGAAAAGGAAGGAAAUGAAGCUAUUCAGACAAUAUUAGACCUGAGUGGAGUCUCAAGAUCAGAACAAUCUAAUAUUAUCAAGAAAGUCCCUGUUGAUGUCACUUUCUCUCAUCAAUUCCAUAAAUCACUUCCAAACAAAGACUUCGAAAAGCUUUCAAGCAUAGGGAGUACAUUACCUACAUCACAAAACAAACAAAAUCAUCCUACUGUUGCUCAUGGAGAUAAAUUAUCGUCACAGAAUCCAUAUGAAAGGGGAUUCUCCAUGGGUACUGAACUGUCACAUAAUGCUAAGAUUCGCCUAACAACAUUUGUAAAUAGUGUUUUAAAGCCAGCUUUUAUCUCUUCUCUGGUUCAGUACUCGAAAUCAGUCCUUGACGAUAAUAACAACACCAUUCGAGAAAAACUUGAAUUGGAACCUAUUCUGCAACUAUUAAACCAUAAAAUGCAGGCAUUGAAAGGUUUAAUCGACCACCAUACUAAUUUGGAGAAAUCAUAUAGGCAAUACAAUCUGAUAUGGAGAGAUGUGAUUGAUAUUUUGAACCAGAUGGAAAAUAGUCUAUUCUCGCACAUUUCUACAAGUGUAUUAAGUGGUCCAGACUCUACUGCUUUAACCAUAAUAGAAUCAAAUUUGAAUAAAAUUGUUGAGAGGUUUAAACUUCAAGCUCAAUCUUCUAAGAUUGAAAACACAAACGACGCUCCCAUUUUUGAAGUUUUGUUAAAUGAAAUUCGAGCAGUAACGAAGGCAACUUCAAUUGUUAGGGGAGAUGACAAUAAGAGUACAUUGAUAUCUGAUUUGCGAAAGUUGGCUGGUCUAGCAAAUGCGAACAAAAAGAAUAAUAAUUCAUCUACGCGUGGGAAUGCGCCUAUUCCUACUGGUUUUAUGAGCUCUGGGAUCGACGCUAGACAAAAUGCAAUGCGGGAAGUUGAAAAUAAAGAACAGGCAGCUCCAUUUGACGAGAAUCAAAUCUUUUCUACUUCAAAGAAAGAUAAACAUUUAUAAGUACGCCUGUGAACAAUUACAGUAUCCAAUUUUAUUUUAUAUAUGUGUUUCUGUGUUUUUUAAA